AUGAUUGAACGUAAUGAUAUUGUUGUUUGGCGGAGAAAAUAUUUAUUGGAUAUUCGGAGAUAUCGUGAGGAGGGUCGGCCAAUAUACUAUUUAGAUGAAACUUGGGUAAAUGCUGGUGACGUACCGAGUAAAGUUUGGUGCGAUAAAUCGAUCAAAUCUGCGAGAGAUGCAACAAAUAAAGGUCUUUCAACGGGAGCAGUAAAUCCUAGUGGAAAGGGGAAACGCCUGAUAGUUUGCCAUAUCGGGUCGGAAGAUGGAUUUGUUUCUGACAGUCUUCUGUGCUUUGAGUCUAAGAAAAACACCCAAGACUAUCACGAUGAAAUGAACGGUGAUUGUUUCCGUGAUUGGUUGGAAAGUGUUUUAGCUAGACUCAAAGAUAACGCAGUAAUUGUCAUGGACAACGCUCCGUACCAUUCGGUGAAACAGGACAAAUGCCCAACGAGAAACACCAGUAAACCUAAAAUUAUUGAAUGGCUCGAGAGCAAAGGAGAGGUUAUUAGUAGACCAAUGGUUAUUCCAGAGCUUCUUUUGAUUGUGGACAGGCUGAGACCUUUGUAUAAUAAAUAUGUAAUUGAUGAACUAGUCAAAAAACAAAACAAAACGAUUCUUCGACUGCCACCUUACCACUGCGAGUUCAAUCCUAUUGAGCUCGCAUGGUCAAGUGUAAAAAACCAUGUGAGGAUGAACAACAAAACCUUUAAGCUAAACGACGUAAAACAAUUACUAAUAGAAGGCGUAGAAAGAGUUAAUGCCGACAUGUGGAAAAACUUCAUUAAGCAUACUAUAGAAGAGUAG